AUGGAGAAGAUACUGGCGAUAUUUUCAAAGAACUGCAUUCUUAUGGGAGACCCUGACUCGUAUUGUCUUGUCUGCUCCAUCACUAUAGCAGGAGAUGUACUGAAACACACUAGAAACCCAAAACACACCGCCAAGUUGAAACAGACUGUUUAUUUUGAAAAACAUAAAGAUGAUUUCAUAAAAAAGGUGAACGACGUUUACUUCUGCGAGGUAGACGGAGGCUUUCAGUGUUUAACAUGUAACAAAGUUGUAUCUAACACAGAGAUCUCUAAACACUUAGAUUCUGAGCAGCACAAGUCUGCUCGUGUUUCAUUAGACUGCACUAGAAAUAAUGCUGACAAUAACUAUAUUGACCAAAGAAAUGAAGAGAAAAAGGAACAGAUGGAAGAGAAUGAAGCCAAUGAAGAUGAUACAAAAGUGACAUCCAACAAAAAAGUUGACACAAAGGUUUUGACAGAUAACCCGCCUGUUACUAAAGGAAAAGCUAUAAAGAAACUAACUCCUGUGAGUGAAGAACUGGAAACUUAUGCAAAAGAACAUGGCUUGUUCGUAACCCAAGAUAGGUUUAGUUUAAAUUGUCAGAUAUGUAGUACAGUAGUUCCUGGCACAAUGAACCAAGUAAAAAAACACAUAGCAGGAAAAAAACACACAGAUAACAUAAAACGGCAGGCUCAGGCAGGCAAAGAACUAAUUACGAUGAAGAUGGAAAAAGUUCUACCAAAAGAUUAUUUUAGACAGACUUUAAUUCUGGAUUGCAGAUUUGUCAUAAUUAAUGACAGUUUUUGUGUCGAGUUUAAUCAUUUCUUUUGUCUGUUGGACAUGGGAAAGAUAAUAUGUCAACUUUGUGACAUAGAAAUAGCCCGAGAGAACAGAGAAAUGCAUGUUGCUUCUCCAUCGCAUAAAUUUAAAUUGCAAAAAGCUUUUGUUAUUACUUCUUUGAAAGAGGAAUUUGUAAGACAGAUCAAUUCUCUGUUUCAUUGCGGUUUCUGCGGCGUAUUUCAAAAGGACUUUGAGCACAUGUUGGAUCACCUCUCCACUGCUGUACAUACACACCAAAAGGUUACAAAAAAGAAGAUUUUUCAAAGUUUUAAGGACGAUGAACUAAACUACGGCAUAAUGGAACUAAAUCUAUAUUUUUAA